GUCCCAGGCAUGGCUCCUAGUGUGUCCGCGGCCGUCCUGACCGUGCUCUUCUGGUGGUGCGAGGAGACGGACCACACUGCCGACGGCGUCUGCAACAUCCUCUGGUCGAGCCAGCAGCUCGGCAUGACGAGCGAUGGGACUCAGCUGCGCGGCCUGGAGCAGAUGAUGGCGGCGCACGCACCGCGCACAGAGGCGGAGUAUGCGCGCGACAUUGGCUCCAUCUUCAACUCGUACUGCACAGCUGCCGAAGGCUCGCGUUGCUCUGUGCAGAUGGGCAUGGCCCUCGCCUCACCCGCGGCGCCCUUCUGACGCGACCUAGGCUUCACCGACCGCAAGAAGAAGGAUAAGUCGGCAACGAUCUGUGCAUCCCGGGCAAGCAACACGCUGGAGAACCUCUUCCGCGCCCCG